AGACAGAAGCCGGCUACCUACCGCGCAACAACCUGCCUCGAACCAAAGACUCCACGACUUACACAUUAGAGCAACUUCGGCGGAAUUAAUAUUAUGCAUUCUUGAAAACUGGACACUCUGAAGUUGGAAGGAUGGCGCGCUGGCAAAGUACAUUUUUGGUAUGUGUGAUGUGGUGCUGUUACCAGACCGUGGCCUACCCUGGACCUGGCCUGGACCCUAGACUGAACCGCUCUCGACGGACUGUUCAUUGCAACGCAGAUCUGGAGUAUCAUCAUGGUGACCUCUGCUGCAAGAACUGUCCACCCGGUACUCAUCUGAAGUCUCCGUGCUCCACACCCGGGGGCCACAGUCAGUGCGAGGAGUGUGACGUUGGAACAUUCACUGCGCUGGGGAAUGGGCUGAAGAAGUGUCUGACCUGCACUUCCUGCCGUGAAGAUCAGGAGGCUGUGCAUCAGUGUAUCCCCACUCACAACACGGAGUGCCAGUGUAAACAAGGCGGAUUCUGUGAUCCGGACCAGGCCUGUGAGAUCUGCAAGCGAUGUGCACGAUGUGGGACAGACGAGAUUGUUGUGAGAAACUGUACUCCCACCAGUAACACGGAGUGCAAGAAGAAACCACCGCACUCCGGACAAGCAUCAGACCAGAAAGCUGUGUACAUACCCAUUGUAUUGGUCAUUCUUCUUGUAGUAUUGGUUGUCGUUCUGUUGCUCGUCUAUGUGCAUCGAAGAAGGCAGAAAACAGCAGACUCUGGAAGGACCCAAGCUGAUCUGACCACGAGUUGCAAUGGCACUGAGACUCUGGCCACAUCCUCUCGCUGCUGGAACCUGGUGAGGCCUAGGUCACUCCCUGUGGUGUACAUGGAAGAGCAGAGAGGUCUAUGCGAAGGCCCUGGCUCUACCACCAACUCCCAGGACAACUUAAUUACCACCCGGCCCCUGUAUACCUGCCCUGCGCCUGCCCAGUCCAAUUGUGCUCCUGCCCUAACGCUUCACUAUACCAGGGUUGAAGAAGGUGAAGAAUCACAGUUCAACAUUGUUCCUGUGAAUGGGCAUGUGUCUCUCAAGAGCUGCUUUGAAUUCUUCGAGGAGCUGGACGUUGGCUUACACAACCGUUUCUUCCGUCGUCUUGGCCUUUCGGACAACGUCAUCAAAAGCAAAGAGUCUCUCAUGUAUGUCGACCGCGUGCAUGAGCUGCUCCACCUCUGGCUGGAGAAGCGUGGCAGAGAAGCCAGUUUGAAAGACCUCUGGAAAGCACUGCGAGACCUGAACCAGAAUCGAACAGCAGAGACCAUAGUGGAAAGCGCGGUCAAAGCUGGACACUUUGUCUAUGAGUGACAAUUGGUAUAUAGAGAUUUUCAUGGAGAUUUCUUAUGCUUUUGAGAAUGUACUGUUCUAAAGAAAAAAAUGCCAUAUGAGUUAACUGGCAGGUAGAUGACUGUAUGCAUUUGACUUUAACAGAUCAUCUACCUAAGAUUGUGAGUCUUAAAGAGGCCAAAACCAAGGCUAAAACUGGACUUAUUUUGGUCUAAACCAGGUCUUGACUAGGAUUGGCUCUGGCUUAUCUAGAAUGAAUGUUACAAAAAACAGGGCUAAGCAGCAAGGAAUGUUUUUAUUAACUAAAGAAGGAUUAACCUAUAUUAGAACUGAACCAGGACAUACAGGAACUGUGCCUGACUUUUGUUUCCCCAAUUAUUUGAUCAAGAUUUAUCUCGUUUCAGUACAGUAUUUUGUAAAAGCAAGUCUUGAGGUCAGAACAAAUCCACUGCGUGUUGCCUGUAUCUAAUUGGAAAGUAUUUUAUUGUCCAAUAAUCAGGAAUUGUGCAUUAGCAUGUUAGUUGUUGUCAGCUUUACUGGCACAGCAAAAAUCUGGUCUCUGAGGGUAGUAAAAGCGCUAACAAACUCAUUGAGGUACAUAGUCGGGUAUAGCGCCUUUUUAAACCGAGAGCAAACUAUGGCUAAACCAUUACUUUAGCAUAGAUCUGAAAUUGCAUUUCCACUGUAAUUUCAUCGACGAAACAAGGACGAAACGAGGACGAAACAAGGACGAAACGAGGACGAAACGAGGACAAAACGAGGACGAAACGAGGACGAAACGAGGACGAAACGAGGACGAAACGAGGACGAAACGAGGACGAAACGAGGACGAAACGAGGACGAAACGAGGACGAAACGAGGACGAAACAAGGACGAAACAAGGACGAAACAAGGACGAAACAAGGACGAAACAAGGACUAAACAAGAGCAUUGGUACUAUGCCAGUUGUCAUGGUGUAAUAUCAGUGAAUUAAAAUGUAACUAUUUUGUACACUUAAAAUCUAGACCAAUCUAAGCAUUAUUAGUGAGGAGAAUAACUUGGUUCUGUUGCAUGUAAAAAGUGAGGCAGAUUGAAAUUAUGAGCUAAAUUCAAAUGGAGACCUCUGCAUCAAAAUGUACUGAAUGUAAUGUCUGUUUACAUAGAGCGUACAAACAUGCAACAAGCAGAUUUUUUUUUUUUUGUGUUUAUACGGCUACUUGAAAUGAAUGUCUUUUUUUCAUAAUAUAUAUUUAUAAAAGUCUAUUUAUAUGAUAAUAUUUUUGUAUAUUUUGUAUAUAUUUUGUCUUUUUUUGUUGACCAGGAGUAAGAAAAUCCGUUUUUUUGAGGGGGGAAGGGGGGCUUGGUCUAUUACUGCUGAAUGUUCCUGAAUGACUUUAACUAAUAGGGUUGCAUGUGGCGCAUUGUAAGAAAGCAUUAUGACUGGUUCAAACAGUUACAUUUAGCCAUAUUUUGAAAUUGGUGAGGGGAAAUGAUUAGUUUUACCCUGGAAUAUAAUUUCACAUUUCUUUAGGCUAUGUUUUCUAACCAGGAAUUUAAAAAGCCAUGACUGAACAAGUGCCACAUACAGCCCUUUUAAAAUGUCCUACAGGAAGACUGAUGUGCCAUACUUUUGAUUAUGUUAUGUUUUAGUUACAUUCAAUAACGAUACUUUGCACUGGUGAACAUAUUUAAAUAACUGAAGAAUGUGAAUUGCUUAAGAAUUUUGUUUUUUCUGACCAUACGCAGCGCUUAAGAUGUGUAUGUGAGUUAUGAAUUACAAACUUUAAAGACGAUUAAAAAGGAUGUUUAUGU